AACUAUUUCACUGCAGACCGUUUCGUGUUUGGAUCGAUUAUAAUCCGAUCGGUCAAUCCUAUGAUACAAUAUCUACGCUGAGAAUUAUAAAAGUAUACGUUGUUACGCUUUCGGAGAAAUGAAGAAAAGUUGCAAGCGUUUCCUUUAUUAACGAUAGUGUAAAUUUAAACUGGGUAACAGCCAACGGCCAACGAGGAAUUAAAGAUGGGUCGCAGAAAGGUUCCAAGUAGAGAGUCAAGAACGUCAAAGAGUGAAUCAAGGAUUCUAAAGCCAACGGAACGGAAAGAAGAAGGAAACGGAGAAAUAGUCGAGGAAAGGAGAGACGUUCCGAUCGACGUUUAUGCUCGAUUGACAUAUCCUUUGGUUUCAACUCGUUUUUCAAAAAAGUCGGACGAGGACGAGGACGAGGACGAGGACGAGGACGAGGACGAGGACGAGGAAAGCGUAGAAUUAAACGUUAGGCCACGAUUCGUAUUCGUUUCGAGUCUGUGCGCGGUUUGCUUGCAAAAACGUCGAAUGUUUUGCGAAGGUUGUCGAAUGGUAUCUUAUUGUUCGGCGGCGCAUCGUUCGAAAGGUCUAGCGGAGCAUGGUGAGCUGUGCGAUGCCCUGGCGGAGAUACGUUCGUCGAUUGUAUCGAUAUCGAGGCUAGAAUCGGAGGAAUCAAAGAUGGGACUAGACGCGGCGGAACAGUAUCGCGCUUAUCGAGUACACUUACUAGCUGUUCUUCAGUCAAAAAUUCGCAGACCGUUGAAACUUUGGGAGAGAGAGAUUGUACUGUACCCGAUGAUUUGCCGGCUUUGUCGUCGUUUUCGCGAGGAUCUAAUCUGUUGCGCGAACUGUGGCAUGGAAUGCUAUUGCGCGGAUCACGCGACAGAUCACGAGAAAUGGUGUAAAGAGUUUGAAACGUUGCAACGAUGUUUGUUACUGCAAUGGAAACACGGUUCCGUGAAUCCGUUUAUUCCGAAUGUGCGUCGACAGAUGGUUCUCGCGAAAUCUCAGGAUCUUACUUUUCACCAAUUGAUGCAUCGCAUUUACGGCAAUUGUUUGUAUUACCGCGAGAUGGAUUGUUACACGUAUUCCGUGUUGUCGCAGGUGUGCACGAUUCCGUUGACAGCUCUUUACGCGAUGCAAAUUUCUUGUAAAAACUGGCAAAGUAAAAGCGAUUUUACGAUACACAUACUUGGAGCAGAGUUUCAAUUCGAGGGGAUAAACUUGCACGCGUGGGAAAAGUUGUUUCUUCAUUUUCUACCGAACUUGAAGAGGGUGCGCGUAGUGCUGGUCGGACCGGAAUUACGCUUACCAAGCGGCGUACCGGUGAAGAUUUUAUCAAAGGUAAAGCUUUGCCGUCAGUGUAAGUCUGCCGGUAGAUCGGUGCUGGUUAAUUUCCAUACAGGAAUGCUUUAUCACGAGCUAAUUUCGAAAUCAAUGUCGGAAGGGCAUCCUCUCACUGAACCUGAUUUGAUUUGCGCUUUCAAUCCUGGUCUUUAUCGUAAAACUGGAUUCGCAGGACAAGACAGCUGGUUUCAGACGAUACGAGAAUUCUCUCGACAAACGAGCGCGGUUGCGAUCACCUCUUACACCGUCGAUGAGAUGUUUUGGGAAAUAGCUCGAAUAAAAUCUAUAGCUGAUAUCGAUGUUCUUUUAGAACCACGACAAAACCCGUUCGCUUCGAUCAAACCGGACCGAAACUUUGUCACCGAUCACUCGAAUCCUCUUAUUUACAAGAAUUAUUACAUCUCUAUCGUUCGAGGAAAAUUACUGCCUGAAUAACUUUUUCACUCCUUUUUACUUCUAUUCAAUCCUCUAUCGACGUCAUCUAUAUCCUAAUAUGUCUCACGUAUGCAAAAUGCAAACAUUUUGAUCGUUACACGAUUACACGAUUACACGAAAUGCUGUUAAUUGUUAAUUGUUAAUUGGAUUUACUUUGUUAAUUUAAUAAAGCGUCGAUUCGUACCGAG